CAAAAUGGCGACAACUUCGCGAAGGACUCAGCGCAGGAACCAUUUCCAGGCGCCCAGCGCCCUCAAGAGGAAGAUCAUGAGCUCCACGUUGAGCAAGGAGCUUCGACAGGAGCACGGCGUCCGUUCGCUCCCUGUUCGCCGUGACGAUGAGGUUCUCAUUGUCCGUGGCACCAACAAGGGCCGUGAGGGUCGUGUCGUUCAGGUCUACCGCAAGAAGUGGGUUAUCCACGUCGACCGCGUCACGCGCGACAAGACCAACGGUACCACCGUCCAGCUGCCCGUCCACCCGUCCAACUGCGUCAUCACCAAAGUCAAGAGUGACAAGGACCGUCGCCGGAUCAUUGCUCGCAAGAGCGGCAAGAAGGAGGAGGACGCAGAGAUGAAGGACAGCAAGUAGACGAUUGACGACAUUCACUUCUCCGAUCACAACACAUCUCCUCGGGCUUCGUAGUAGUUUCCCCAAUCUCUAUCAAAAGAGAAAGCCUCAACUAAAAGCCCUUUCAACGCAUGUACACCUACGCCCAUGGUCUGGACAG